UGUCUCGGUGUCCUCAUUGUUACGCAUUUUCAGUUUUUAGAAGCUGAAUAACAAAACAAUUGUCUUCUUUUAAAUUGCGUUGUAUUGCGUUAUAAUAAUGUUGCCAAGUAGAUAUAAAAAAGAUGUGAUUUAAAAUAUUAUAAUUCACUGAUCGCAUGCAUUAAUAUCGUAUUCAGACGGGUUGAAAAAUCCAUUCAAUGUUUGUUAACCGGGUGAUUUGUGACGUGAAUGAAUUGGUCGAUCGGAUGUAUUUUUGUUUGUGUUGUAUUAGUUGGGGAGCAGCACACGCCCCUUUUUUCUUCCUGAGAUGUUAUGUGUCACAAUCACGGUCAUGAAUGAAUCGAGAUCAUGUGCACCUGUUAUGUGAACGCUGCGUGUGUGCGCGAGACCCGCCGGGUUAGCGCGCGCGUGACAGAUUGUGCGGGUCACUGUUGUGUCCAUACAGAACGUCGAGCAGACACAACAAUGACGGGUCGGAUUUGUUUUCUCUUAUUAUAGUUGCACAUAUGCAUUCAAGACAUUAUAUAAAAACUGUAAAUGCGUUAUUUUACAUGCAUGCUAUUAUGUUUUUGGACGUCAUACUAUGAAGAUACAUUGUUUCUUGUUGUUUUACAUGGUAAUAGAAUGGCAAAGUUUGCAAUGCAUUUACCCUUAUAAUUAAAUAAUGUUUUAUUCAUGUUGAGCAAACAAAUUGAAAUGUGUAACUAUAGUUUCAUUACAAAUAUCGUUUGUAUUUGUAUUACUCAAUUGUACAAACGGUAACUAGUCUGCCAAACAUGUCUCCUGCACAUUUUAUAAGAAGAAUAUUCACUUUUGUAAGUUAUGCAUCAAUCAAAGCACAUAGAAGUAGAUGAAAUACGAAUGUUACCAUAUGAUGUCAUCAUUUGACCGUAACACCAGUGCUGAUGGCCUCUGAGCCGGGCACUGCAGGCCUUCUGCCAACCUAAAAACUAUAAAUCUGACCCGUGUGCCAUCUGCACCCUCCUGCAUUGCUGCAAAAUGAGUUGGCACGGUUCAGACACCCACUGAGACGGAUGAAAGUUGCGUUUAUCUUACAGUUGAACUGUGUCUGGGUGAUAGUUUGAGCUUUGGUUUAAUCUUCAAUGAGCACAAGAAUAGACGCAAAUAUGUUUAUGCAGAUUUUAUUAUGCAGAAAUUCAGAUCUAAAGAGUCAGCUUUGUUAACUUUCUCAAGUUCAGAAAAGUCAAAUAUCGCUUCAGGUCCUUUUUCGUCUUGUAAAAUGUGGACAUUUUACAUUCCUUUUCUGGUCUUUAAUAUUUGGCGAAAUUGUCUCUGAACACUAAUUGUUGAGUUAUAAGUAUGAUGUAAUAGUAUUUCAUCAUUCAGAGGGUUUGAAUCUUUGGCUUGUGUCUUUGCGAGAUAUUUUCUUUUUCUAGUUGUUUCCCACUGCAGUUAUUUUGAAUUCACGGUGUGAGUUCUCCUUUGCCUUCGAGUACAAAGACAAACCUUUAAUCUUCAUUUCAUUUGGUUUGCCUGAGACUCCCAUACAGAGUUUGCUGCCUCAGAGCCGUGUUAAAGGGAGAUAUUAACUUUUAUGAUGAAUGCGCCGUCAAGUUUGGGAGCAUCUAAGCCAAGCCGUGUCCUCUGAGAUAGACGAAUGACCGUCAGCGAAUUCACUUUUCUGCUGCCGCACUCCACCGAGGCCAAAUGAGAUGAAAAUGAACAAGCUGAGAUAAGGCUCUCAGAGGACACAAAUUCAACUUCUAGGGUGCAAAAUUGUUUCCAGACAGCUGUAUUGAAGAUAGAUGUUCUCUGUUUUUGACCGACUUCAUUUUUGUGCGAUUAUAGUCUUGUUAAAUAUAAUAAAGGGAUGUCAGACUGACAGUCUCUUUAAUUAAACCGUGCCUGGCUGGAGGACAUUUCCUAUUAAACAGCUCCAUGAAUAAAACUAAGAGCAUAUUAGAAUUGGAGGACUGUGUAAUUGGCUUUAAAACUUCAUCUCAGUUCUGGUGGUUCAGAUAUCACCCAUUUCAUGUCCAGCGCUAAUGCUAAUCCUCUGGUGACCGACGGCAUUGAGAAAUCAAACCGGGUGAUGCGAGUCACCAAAAGCUAUCAUGAAUAGAAAACCACCACCAGUUAAAGUUUUGUUACAGUUUUUUUGUUUAUAAUGGGAGAGGAUGGUGACCCACUUUUCACAAUCUUCCAUAGGAUGCAAAAAUGUCUGCUAAUGCUAAUCCUCUGGUUACCGAAGGUAUUGAGAAAUCAAACCGGGUGAUUUGAGUCGAGGCUAAACGGUUAUGAAAAGAAAACCAUCUCCUGUUAAAGUGUUGUUAUAGGUUUUUGGUUUACAAUGGGAGUGGAUGGUGACCCACUUUUCUCAAUCUUCCAAAGGACGCAAAAGUGUCUGCUAAUGCUAAUCCUCUGGUGACAGACGGCAUUGAAAAAUCAAACCGGGUGAUUUGAGUCAAUGCUAAACUGUCAUGAAUAGAAAACCAUCUCCUGUUAAAGUUUUGUUAUAGGGUUUUUGUUUAUAAUGGGAGUGGAUGGUGACCCACUUUUCUCAAUCUUCCAUAGGAUGGAAAAGUGUCUGCUAAUGCUAAUCCUCUGGUGACCAAAGGCAUUGAGAAAUCAAAUCGGGUGAUUCGAGUCAACGCUAAACUGUUAUGAAUAGAAAACCAUCGCCUGUUAAAGUUUUGUUAUAGUUUUUUGUUUAUAAUGGGCGUGGAUGGUGACCCACUUUUCUCAAUCAUCCAAAGAAAGCAAAAGUAUCUUGAUAGAGAUAGUUCUCCCAGAAAUGAAAAUUCUGUCAUCAUUUAUUCACUCUCAUGCAGUCGUACACCUGUUUGUGACUCUUCUGUGGAAGAUAUUUUGAGAAAUGUCUCACUGAUUUUGUGUUCACACAAUUGAAGUCGACGUGGAUCAAAUGUGUUUGGUUACCAUCGUUAUUCAAGAUCUCUUUUUUUGAGUUAAGAGGAAGAACGAAAGUCAAACAGGUUCUCUUCUCCUGGUUAUGGUCCCUUCUGAGGUUCUGACAGCUGGGCCGGUGCUUCUCCCCAGUCCUCUCCGGUCUCACGGGCCGGUUCUGGAUGUUCCUGUUGGCUUCGAGGAGCAUGACGAGGUCUCUCAGAAGCCUGGAGCUAUGGAGAGCUCACACGAGAGCUCCGGGUUCUUCAAUGAGGACAGCGAGGACACCAAGAGCCUCCAGCCGAUCAAGAGAUGGGAAACACAGACGGAGAAUAAAGAAGGUUCAGACGCGGAUGCCAUGAGCGAGCGCUGUUUGUUGCCCAAGAACGUGGGGCCGUGUCGUGGGGCUUUCACUCGCUGGCACUUCAACCCCGUCGCUAACAUGUGCAUGAAGUUCAAGUUUGGAGGGUGUAAAGAAAAUGGCAAUAACUUCCUAUCGCUGGAGGAGUGUGUUAAAGCUUGUCACCCAGACUCCGAAUACAGUCCCUCAUCCCCAGAACCCACAUCUUCCUCCCUCCCUCUGAUCAACACAUCCUCAUUAUCCGCCUCCACGCCGGAGGCCAUGAAGUGGGAGAGUGAUUCUGAAUCUAGUGGCUUCCCCCUUCACCUCUCCCCCACCUUGUCACCUGCACCUGCCGCUGACCACGCCCACUCCACAGACACACCCAUUGAUCCCACCCAUCAGGUCACAGGUGGCACUGACACAUCUCUCAUGUCUGAGGACCCGUUCGAUGACGAGAGCAGCCGCACGGUCACUCAAGCACCCACGUCUCCUGAAGUCGGGCUCAUGCCUAGCCGAGGGCCGCUGCAGCCCGAUGAGCAUCACCACGGCGAUUCUGAGGAAGAUGAAAAGAUGGUGUUUUGUUUCACAGAGCCCAAUGAAGACAUUGAUGAAUGGGGAUAUCUCACGACCGGCCCCUCGUCCUCUCCUGCCUCUGAUAUACCACCUGUGGUGUUCACUGAGACAUCCUGGCAGGGAGCUCCGCCCACCACAACUGAGGACGAGGGAGGGGCGGAGCAUCGUCAAGGUGGUAACGAAUUUUUUACAGAGACCGAACUUCGCGACUCAGAAGGUUCCCAGGAGGCGGUGCAGGUGGAGUGUGUAGACUGGAGUAAACUCGCAGGAAAAGGUUACGUCAUCCUCACCAUGACCGACAACUUUGACUGUGAUGAGUUUGGUAUGGAGAAUGGAGACAGACUCCUGGAGAUGCUGGAAAGCACUUUCUCCAGCAAGAUGAACAUCCCGCAGGGGUCCUGGCUUAUUUCCCUCAGCAAACCCUCUCAACAGGACCACCAGCUCCUCAUGACUCUCGCCAGCGGGCAGGAAAUUAUCGCACCAAAAGAGGUUGUGUCAAUGCUGGGAGAAAUCAGAAGAGGUUUGUUUGAGAUUGGCAUCCAGAAUUAUUCCACGGUAAACACAUGCCACUCGAGACCCAGUCAAACCCGCAGCGACUACGGCAAACUGUUUGUGGUUCUGGUGAUCAUCGGCUCAAUCUGUGUCCUCAUCAUCGCUUCUGGAAUCAUCUAUAUCUGCUGGCAGCGCCGUUUACCUAAACUCAAGAACAUGUCGCGUGGUGAAGAGCUUCACUUCGUUGAGAACGGCUGCCACGACAACCCCACGCUGGACGUCACCAGCGAUAACCAAUCAGAGACGCAGGACAAGAAACACAGCGCCAACGGAGUGUCGGCAAGCGGGGAAGCGGGAAGCGGCUGGCAGGUGCUGGUCAACAAACCCGGAAAAGAGGAGGAAGACAACCAGGAAGAAGACACGCACCUUUAAUCGGAAAAACGGUCGGCGUGGAGAAGCAGCGUUGCGUUUGAGACUAUGAAGGCACAAGAGGUUUCGAAACAUCCGCUGUAUAACAUGUGACGUGUUUUGGCUUGUACGACAUUUUACUUUAUCUGCAUUUACGACGAUGAAAUUCAGAUGGACUGAUGUGCUUUGAAACGCGACUCCUGCGGCCGGGGACAAAUCAUUAGGACUUAUUUCAAUUGAAUGUGUCAAACAAUCGUUUUAGAAUUUUUAAUUGGUUCGAAUAUCUCAGAUGUUGGGUCUGAGGACAAAAUGCACUGUUAAAUGAAGAUAUUUGCAAAAAAUGAACAUUCUGUCAUUCCAUUCGUAUCCAGAAUUACAUUCCCAGAUAGAACAUGUACGUCUGUAAGAUGUUUGCUAAAGAUCUGGAAAACGUCCGCUUUGUAAUAACGUCUGAUAAACGUCUUCGAAAGUGCAGUUUUACGUCAGCUAAAGAUCUAUCGUUCUGGAAAUCGUCUGCUAUGUAAAAACGUCUGAUAAUGUGUUAGAAAGAUCAGUUUUAUAACGUCUAAAAGAUCUAUAGUUCUGGAAAACGUCUGCUAUGUUAAAACGCCUGAUAAAUGUCUUAGAAAGAGCAGUUUUACGACGUCUAAAGAUCUGUAGGUCUGUAAAACGUAUGCUGUGUAAAAAAGUCUGAUAAAUGUCUUUGAAAAAGCAGUUUUACACCUGCUGUGUAAAAUCAUAUGUUAAAUGUUUUAGAAAGACCAAUCAUAAACAUCUUACAGACAUCUUCUAGAGACAUCUCAGAGACGUAUUUUCAGAUGUAAAUGCAGACAUCAAAUAGUCGUCUCCCAGAUGUAUGCGUGCUGUCAGGGUUAAUAAAGAACCGAUAAAUACACACGAUCGCUUUGAACAAACUUAAGGUCAGUAUCGGUUAUUUUUUUCGCACUUGCAUGCUGAAACAACAGAAACAAUAUGAUGUAAAUUACAGAAUUUUCAUUUUUUGCCUAAACAUUUCCUUUAUAAACACUAGUACUUGACAAAAAUGAUUGUAUGAAGGGAUUUUUCUUGAAGGUUUGGACGGUGUAUUCUAACAAUACACUAUAAACUUAAUUUCAUUUAUUUCGACGUAAAUUACAGCUGAAUGCUGAAUGGACGUCCUGCUUCGCUACGUCAUCGUGUAUGGGAAUGGCUCUGUGCUGGAUCGAUGUUGCUCUUUAAGGUUUAUAUAUCGCACAAUUAUUGUUUUGAAGCACCGAUGGCCCCCAUCCUAUUCAAUAACUGCAUUUCUUCGACUCUUGCAGGUUAUCAAUGUUUAGUUCAAAACAUUGUGUUCAAUUGCCAAAAAAGUACUGUGCUUAAAACUUGACGGAAAUUCAUCUUGGAAUCUGAAUUUUGGCCAGCCUAAUCUCAACUGAAUUCAUAGAUAUUUACAAGGUGGCUAAUUCAUAUAAAUCGUACGAUUGUUAGAUAAAAUAAGCAAUAAUAAAGGCCCCGCCCCCAAACCUAACUAUCAUUCGCAUGAUUUGUACGAAUCGUUUAUAUGUAUUGGCCCCCUCCUAAAAUAUGGAAUUGCCAUGAGAUUGGGUUAGUCCAGCAGGUGGGAAUAAGACAAAGAUUAACGUUCAAUUUUUGUUUAUAGUGAUGAUCUUAUUCAAAAAAAUAUUCCCUUGGUUAUAUCUCACAGUAAAAACCUUCUGGUUUCACUCAGAUGUGCAUGAAACACUGUAGUAUAUAAGUCUAUGCACAUGCCAGGGGUCGACUGAAUACACACGUUUAAACAAACGUUAUCAGCUACUAUUAUUAUUACUUCAAAACACUGUAACAUAUGUGCAUUCUUCUGUAAUAGUUUUCUUUAUCAAGCCUUGACGUAGAAUUCUGCGCUUCUGUUUUGUCCCCUUCAGUCUCGGUACAAGAGCUAUUUGCGAAUUUGCACUUUUUAGCAUUUUUGAUUUUGUACUUCAAUUUGCUUAAUGUAUAUGAUUGUAAGGACAUCUAGCUGUCACUGUUUUCUGGCAAUUUUAUGCUACAAAGAUCAAAAAAAUAAAUGUUUUGAGAAGUCUU